AUGUCCAGUCAACGUGAAGUCGACGAAAGAAGCCAACGUACUCAGGUUUCGGAACGACCAUUACGUGAUGAGAACAAGAACAACAGCAAUUCGGAACGCAGUGCCCGACUUCAGCUGUCCAACAGUGGCCGUUGUGAGUUUUUGAUGAGUAAUGUAGGUAUAGAAGUAUAAUACAAGUUAAAAAUUGAUACAAGAAAAUUAACUUUAAUUUUUUAAAUCCUUUUUCCCGAGAAGGUAAAGGUAAACAAUAAAUAUUUUGGUCAAAUUUAUUACUAUAUUGCAAUACCUAUAUUGUAUGAUACUUCAGCGCCUUCCCAAGGCAGUUUGGUCGGAAAAGCGAAACAACCGAAGACACAACUAUCUCAAAAACGUGCUCCCAAAAGUCACAAGACACCGGCGACACAGUUGCGCUUUGUCACAAUCCAUGGCCGACCAGACGUCGCCCGAGUCCAGCUACUCCUCUCUAACAUCUCGGAUCGAUCACUCUUUUUCAAACUUAAAAGUAAUGUCGGCAGUAAUGUUUCAGUAAGUUCUUAAACAUCUCUUGAAGUUUUAAGUGUCUGAUCCCCAAAUUCCAGGCGUUACCAGCCGGCCAAGGUCAUGUAGCCGCCCGUGGAUCGACCCGGUGCGUCCUAACUUGGCAUCGUCCGAAGAAGUGCCAGUCCUGGGACGAGGUGGAUCCGCCCAAGCUCCUACUAGUCACUCGCUUCCUGGACAGUAACAAUAACAUGACUAAAGACCAGACCUCGACUCGGCUUCUGGCCCACGUAGCGUCGAAAGGAACGUGUCCAGCGACGAAUCCGCCAGUAGAACAGUUCCUUCUCGACGCUGUGAACCAACGUACGUCGCAGGAAAGCAUGGAUGCCACGGAAGUCAGCAUUCAAAAGUAAGAACAUGUUGUAGUAGACAAGAAAAGUCGUGAUUUUUGAAAGUUUUAGCAUUGUUUAAGCCGUUUUACGAUAUUGUUGUAGGUAACUGAGAGAUUUUUAAUCGACAUUUUAUAAAAUCUUUUCACUGUUAUUUGUAAAACGUAAUAUACACCCUUUUUACUACGGUAACCGGUUAUAACCCAUUACAAUGCCCACAUUUCAGACAACCAGCAGAAGAUGAAAAGAACCCAAUGACAGAAUUUGUCGUAUCCCUAACAUCCGACCAGAUGAACUGGCUGCUAGUAUUCCUGGCCCUAUUCUUCCUCGGCCUCUACAACACCAUCAGCACGAACAAAAGCAAGUAA